AAGGUUCGAUUUCCGGCUGGUGCAACGUUUGUAAUAUUUUUUUGUUAAUUUCAAUUUGGGUUGAAUUGAAAAACGACGUCGUAACAUUAUUUUCAGGCUUUUAUCUUUGUACGAUCGUACCAAUGUACCAUUUCCAAUUUCAUCUGGAAAAAAUACACCACAACAAUGAAUGCUGCAUCCAAUUCCAGAACCGAUUUUAUUGCAGACUACGCCGGAGACAGCGAUUCCGACACAAACUCCGACGAAAUCGCCGAUUACUACCAACCGAUCUCUUCAAUUGACGGCAACGAAGACGGCAAUUUGAAUAAUCCGAAUAUCAACGGAUAUCAUGAUCCGAACGACGCGGUUAAUCAACACAGCAGCUUAAGCAACGGCCAUGAUUACUCUGCUGCCGCUGAGAAUGGGGUGAGAGCGCUGAAUCUGAGCGAAGAUGAGGUGGAGAGAGAAAGUGAAGCUGAGGUUGAAGAAGAGGAUGAGCAGAGAAUGGGAGUGGACUUGGAUAGUGCGAUGAGGAGAGCAAUUGAGGAAGAUGAGAGCCGGAGAAAUGCCCCGUUGUCGUCGGAGAAUGCAGUGAGAGUGAUGGAAGCUAUGCGUGGUGUUUCCUUCCCCGGAAUGCCUCCUGAUUGGGUUAGUGACUUGCCGGAGGAUCGAUGGGUUCAUCAACUCCAACGCCUCUGCCAGCCGCCUCAUUCUACUGCUUGAUCUGUGUGUGCAUUGUGCAAUGAUGUUUGGAGUUUUCGGUUUGAUUUGUUUUUGUAAUUUGAUCAUCUGAAUUGGAGUACAUUUUAUGUUUCUGAUAAUUAUAGGCUUAGCUCAGACAAUAUAUUAUGGUUACUGAGUUUUUCAUACACUAAGAAUAAUCGCUUAUUACAAGUUCA